AUGGUCGCCACACGUGCUAUGGCUGCCAAAAAGGCGCCCAACUCGACAGACGACAAGGAGAAUGACNAACCAGUUGGCUCUACGCAAGAAGCCUGUCCGUCGUGCCACUGCAAAGCCCACCACUACAGCCACAAAAUCAUCAGCUGCCGUCACAACCACCAAAGAACCGCCUUCUAUCGUAUCUACGAAAUCAUCGGCCACCACAGUACCAAAAAGGCACCAGCAACCCGUCCAAAACGCCAGACACGAGCCGCUGCAGCUCCACCACCAGAACCCGCUCCAAAGAAGGCCCCUGUUACCCGACGAAAGCCUGCUCUUCCUGACGUCGCCAGAGGAAAGGUCCUAAGGUCAAGAAAGGUCGAACCUGAGCCAGAGCAAGAGCCUGAUCUAGAACCGGAAGCAGAAGCAGAAGAAGAUCAACAAGCAGACGAGGACGAUCCAGUUGUUUCUCCACCAACCACAAGAUCCAACAAGGCCAAAAACAUCCCAGAGCCCGAGUCUGAACACGAGUCCGAAUCAGAGUCUGCAACAGAGCCUGAGCCAGCUCCAGCAGCGCAAAAAGAAGAGGACGCCGAGAACGAGUCAAAAGAACCGGAGCAACAUGUCGAGGAAGAAGAAGAAGCAGCAGAAGAAGAAGAAAAAGAGGAGAAGGAGGAAAAUUCCUCCGAGGAUGAGAUCUGUGGCCCCAAGACACCAAUGCGACGCACUACCAGAAGCCAAGCUGCACCACGAACAGCCACCGCCUCGACGACAGCUCGCAAAUUACAGACACCUGCUCGCCGCUUCCUCAGCCACAGAACGACUCAGGGCACUCCUCAGACACAACGCUUGCCACACAACGCAACACGCACCUCGUCUCCUCCUCGACCCAUGACCGUGGCCAGGGGCGCAGAAAAAUCGAUGGUUUUUCGUCCUCUGAAGCAGGAAAAUGUACACCAUACGCCAAUGCCCGAGACCGCAAAUCAUGAUUCUGAUGUCGAUAUGACUGAAGAAGAUGCCCAGGAUGAGUCGGAAACAGAACUGGAGGAGUCCAGCGCCGACGAGCUCGACGAUCAACUCAAUCGCCUUCAAGAAGGAGAUAUCACCAUCAUGCCCACACCUGCUCAUACUAUUCAUCUCGAGAAUGUUUCGGACGACUCAGAGGACGAACUUGCUGGUACUGGACGUGCCCGCGAAGACGAAGACCAAGAGGACGAACUCGACGAGGAUACAAUGGUCGAACUUGACGACAAGAAAGAACCAGAAUAUGUCCCUGCUGAACCAAAUGCAGAGUACGAUGUCUCGGACGACUCAGAAAGCACGGUCGAGGACAGUCAUCUUGACGACAGUAUCCUGCCCGAACCACAAUUCUCAGCCGACUUUACCACCUCCAUACCCUCAUCGCCAGCCUCCAUCGCUGCGGAACCUCCUCAAACCGAGAUGGAAGACUCUGAGCUUCUUUCCUCUCCUACGCCUUCGACCCCCGCCUCUGUCAUGCAACGAGGUCUCGACUCUCCCACACAGGAGAUUGCUCCAGCACCGAGGCUUUCACUCAAUGACAAUGAUCUUCUUUCAAUAAUUGACGAGCAAGAAGCAACCACUCCCAAUGUCAAAUCGCGAGUAUCCUUCUCCACUACUACGGCCAAAAUGCUUCAGACCCCUCGCAUGCAGUUUGCACUUGGUGGUGUUGACGCCACCGAAGCUAAUGACAGCCCUUCUGUGAAUGUGAACGAACCUGCAGAGACCGAGACCGAUCAGACUGUGACGAUCAAUCCUUCCCUCUUGGAAGUGGACGACUAUGGCGUCAAGUUGGCUUCCAAUCUUGAGAAUGCCGCUUCCAUCCCUACUCCAUACUUCGCAACCCCUGCCGCUCGUGAGCGUUUGAGUAUGGGUUUUCCAAAAGAACGUAUGAGCCUGCUUCAAGAUGAUAUCUUCAAUCUUGUCGACUUCGAUCAUGUUUCUCCCGCCAAGGUAGAUGUCAAGACUCCCAUCGCUGAAUCUGCGCCUGUCGAUGUUGAGCCUAUGGAGCUAUCAACUCCGGGAUACAACGCUCGCCGUCAAUCUUACCUUCCGAAGUGCGCUCCAACGCCAAGUGAGAAGGCGCAUAGUGAGCGAAGAUUGUCAAUACCUCCUCCGGCUUCUCCGAGCUACGCAAGAUCAACCUUUGCCUUCGAUUCACGUCGUAAGUCUCUUCCCGCCGCUACUUUGCACACUCCGGUGAGUGGCGACCUUCGACCACGCACUGCCGAAACGUCCAUCAAGCCGACAACGAGUGAUUCAUUCGCAAAACUGUGGGCUAGCAAGCAGCGACGAUCUUCGGUCAGAAAAUCACUCCUGGAGCACACAGUCCUGGACUUGGCCGAGUUGCAUGAGUUCGUCCCUCCAGAGAAAUCGAGCACACGCAAGCGUGACUCAACACCAGCUCAGCGCCGUACCAGUACCGUCCAGUUUCAAAUUGAUCAGGCAUCGCCUUACGUACCCUUUUCUGGUGCAAAGCCACGAAGGCAUACGCCAAGCUCUUCUUUCAAGGUGCGAAAUGCCGGUCGUAGCCCCUUGAGAACUCGUAGCAGCAGUCGCAGCCCGAUGAAGAUGCGUAGUCCUCUAAAGCUCCGAGAUGCUAGCCGUAGUCCGGUGAAGCGUCUUCGCGAAGCACCACGGACACCGAUGAAGACACCGCUCAAAGCUGCUGGUCUUGCAACACCAGCCGUGUAUCCUAUGACACCGCACCCCCUGCAGCCAUUGGNNAAAUCCGUAACAGCAUUGGUCGAAGUCUUUACGUUAGACGGCUCCUCUGCUUCGGGUCCAUUCAUAGCCCUACUCCAGGGACUGGGUGCACGUACGACAAAGUCCUGGUCCGAUCGCGUCACACAUGUAAUCUUCAAAGAUGGCUCUCCAACCACGCUCCAGAAAGUACGCCUGAACAACAAAGAUCCCAAUGGUAAGAAGGUCUUCUGUGUCAACUCUCGUUGGGUUACGGACUGCGAGAGAAGUGGCACUCGCAUGGACGAACAAGCAGACAUCUACACUGUCGACCUUGACGAGAUACCUCGUGGCGGCCGCAGAAGAAGAAAGUCUAUGGAGCCUGCUGCAUUGAGGAAUGUGGAUGGUAACAUCGUGAACAGCAACAACAGUAGUGCGAAUAGCAGCGCCAACAGGAAGAGCCUCGGCUCGAGACAAAGUCUCGUCGGUGGUCGUCAGAGUAUCAACCUUGCUCUUGCCAACAAGAAGCUUGCAAGAGUGUCACUCGCAUCGAGUUUCUGGGGCGAUGAUUCACCUGUCAAGAAGACCCCCGGACGCAAACAAGCUAGAGAUUCCUGGGACGAUGAUGAGGAAAUGGCGGACGCGUUCUUCGAUGAACCGAUGGCGAAAGUUGAAAUUCCUACUUCCUUGGGAGCAAAGGGUGCUGGUAUUGAGACUGGUCAAAUGACUGCACCUGUGGACAGAGUCAAGAAGUUAAGGAUUAGGGAUGAGGACAACAGGCGCCUCACUUUCAUGGGAGGAAGAGACUGA